AUGGCCUCCCUACUACGCCAGAUCGUGGCAGGACCGCGAGCACGACAUCCCGAAGCUGGUCUGGAUUUAUGUUAUGUGACGGACAACAUCAUAGCAACCUCUGGCCCUUCAGACACGUACCCUCAGCGUGCAUAUCGAAACCCCCUUGAUCGACUCGUCGCAUUCCUAGACUCCAAGCAUGGCAAGAAUUGGGCAAUUUGGGAGUUCCGUGCCGAAGGCACCGGAUACCCUGACGAGGCCGUUUAUAACCGUAUCAGGCAUUACCCGUGGCCUGACCACCACCCACCACCCUUUCGACUGAUCCCAAUGAUCAUGGCGAGCAUGCGAAACUGGCUCAAUGGCAACGAUCUGGACGACGACGGUGUGGGGCAAGAAGACAAGGACAAGAGCAACAGGCUGAUUGGCAAGGUCCUGGAAGCCUGGAAGGACAAGAACAACCCGAGGGUUAUUGUGGUACACUGCAAGGCUGGCAAAGGCAGAAGCGGCACUUCGGCCUGCAGUUUCCUAAUAUCCGAAUGCGGUUGGACGCCGGAACAAGCACUGGCCAGGUUUACCGAGAGGAGGAUGAGACCCAAGUUUGGCCCGGGCGUCAGUAUACCAAGUCAGCUACGCUGGGUGGGCUACGUAGACCGGUGGACAAAAGGGGGUAAGAAAUACGUCGACCGUGAGCUUGAGAUUGUCGAGGUCCACGUCUGGGGACUUCGCAAUGGCGUCAAAUUCGCCGUCGAGGGCUUUAUUGACGAGGGGAAGAAGAUCAAGGUCUUCCAUACAUUCAAAAAGGAAGAGCGCCACGUUGUCGAGGGAGAUGCCCCUGGCAGCGCGGGCAUUAUGGAUACGUUCUACAGCAUGGCAGGCUACGGUGUGAAUCCUUCUGGAGAUGGACCGGGGCUGAAGUCCGAACAACAACAAGAUGUCCUCGAUGACGCAAAGACUUCGAAUGCACAAGAUGAUCCGGUUUCUGCGGGGACAAAGUCGGACGUUGAGAGCCCCGUCAGCCCCAGCUCUGGCCCAUCCAAGCUUCAGAAGCGCUACUCGAAGCUCAUUUCACCCAUUUCUCGAAAUUCAUCCACGCGUAGCGUUCGACGCUCGAAAUCGAAAAAGGAAAAGGCAGAGAAGAUUAGAUCAUCUAGCUCAUCUGCCUCAUCCACUUCGUCGCUCGACAAGGCUGAUGUGGAUACGGAACCUGGUGGCAAGGCCGUCAUCUUCAAGCCUACAGAGCCCAUUCGUGUACCGACCAGUGAUGUGAACAUCACAGCUGAGCGGCGCAACCGCGCUCCAUCCUCCAUGGGCCUGACCAUGGUGACAGCAGUAGCUCACGUCUGGUUCAACGGCUUCUUUGAAGGCAACGGCCCCGAGCAGGACGGCAAGCCCGAAGAGACUGGCGUAUUUGAAAUUGAGUGGGACAAAUUGGAUGGGAUCAAGGGAUCCUCGCAAAAAGGAACUCGUGCCUUUGACCGCAUGGCUGUCGUAUGGCGCUUCGCUGGAUCUCCCCAGGCCAAUGAUCAAGUUGUCAUUACGGAACCCGCUGAGGGUGAGACGGUGCCGCAGAUGCAGGCGGCUGAUUGGAAGGGUCACAAUGAAGCAGAUCCUGGCCUGGAGAAGAAGUUGGGUCUUCGCGUUCAAAGCCCAGAGUCUGCGAGCGUUAGUCAGGCCAGCAGUAUCCGAAGUGCAGAAAUUGAGUCAAAGGACAAGGGAGCAGAUGAUGCUGACAGCGACUCGCUCAAGGGGGUGAAGAGUGAUGUUGGAGAAACGAUACAAAAUGGUGCUGAUGACAAAGUAGAAGACGACGAGAAGUACCGGGGCAGAAAGGGCAAGGAAGUCGCCGAGCAGGACAAGCUGGCUGCAUAUGCCGAGAAGCUGCCCAGUCCGGAGGGGUCUGAAAGCUCGGGAAGUAAGGUUGAGAAGAAGUAG